AUGAAGUCCAUAAUCUCUGCGCUGCACUUGAAGUAUGCAGAGAAGUCAUGGAAAGAAACCUUUCAGCUUGUUCGAAGAUGCAUGGACAAAUCCAGAGAUGAAUCCAAACCCUGUGAGCCGCUGGUUAGAUCCCUGGAAAGGCUCCAGGAGGUCUUUAAUGUGUCCUCUAUGAACACCAUGAAGUCUCGUCUGGAAGUGAUUGCCAAACAACAACGAAUGGGCUUCCACAUAACCGAGGUUACGUGCUACCUGACAGCCGAUCUCUUCUACCUGGAGGUGGUGUUGCUGCCAUGCGGCGGGGUGGAGGAGGUCAAAGUUGCCCCGCAUGGAGCAUCUCCUGUUCCCAGUGAGAUCUUUCUCCAGCUGCUGAGGUCUAAAGAUUUUGCAGAGUUCUCUGUGAAGCUGGAAGGCCUCUACACCCAGUACAACAUCCCUGGAGACAAUGAAGUAAAAAUGAAGUUGUUUGCUUCUCUACAAUGGCUCGCGAAAGACCUGCAGCAAAUUUCAGAUUUGCCGAGGGCAGCGAAAGAUUUUGACACUGAGGUGGACAAGACUAACAACGGCAGGAUGGGGUCUCUGAUAACUGGGAAAGAAGAUUGCCCUCUGAUGAUCCACUUCUUUACCACCCAUACUGAUGGAAAGAAGACGUCAGAUCAACAAUUGUCAGAUGCAGAGAUCUAUGGGGCCCAGGUGACCGUGGGGGACAGUGAUGCGCCUCACAAGCUUCAGAUGGCGUCUGUGAUCCCGCAGCCUGCACAGCUGGACCCCCGGGGUUAUCCUGCGUUCCUGCCGCUGAGCGAGGGGCCGCGUGAGACAUUCCCGGCCGUCUUUCUUCUCAAACUGCAGCCGGCGAUACCAAUGAUGGCGUCUUUCAUACACAAUGUCAGCCAAAUUACAGAUGUGACCAUACCAGAAGUUGGCCUGCAGUGGGCGCCAUUACCCAAGCUUCUGAUGAGACGUUCAAGUGCAAACACUCAGCAGGAGACAUCAGCUGAGCAGGAUGCUGUUUUUAAAGUGUCUCUCUCUGGUGGCGGGACGCACCGGUAUGUUCUCCCCGGAGCUGUAUGGGAGCUGUCUGCCCAGAGAGCCGCUGUGGUGGACACAAUUCCCUUCACCCACCCCUCCCACGUCCCCCCCGUGCUGGAGCUGCUCCGACAUCAGUGUGCCAUCAACACCCUGCUGAGGAGCUGUUUCUCUUCUCAGCGUGACACAGCAGGUUUGGGGUGUGACCUGCACUUUGAAGUCCGUCCAGAGUCUGAGAGCAGCUUCUCUGUGACGUUCCAGCGACCCAACACUGACUCCCUCGCUGUUUUGCUGGUGAAUGUGUCUGACUCCCGCCUCAUUACGUGCACGUUGUUCGGAGCAGGGAUGGUUGAGCCCUCCAUGGAGGAGUACCUCUCUACUGUUGUGACGAGGUCUAUGUCCAUCCCCGUCACUCUGAGGACUUUAUACUGCAAGCUGGAGGAGCUCACCUCUGCCCCACUUUCUCCCCGCCUCCCGGACAGCACAGAGGCCGAAAAUGACCACUGUGCUCCCUCUGACGGAGCUGUGACCGACAACAACGACGGCGCCUCCACCACGUUCUCCCAGAGUGCAUCUGUGCCAGAGGAGAGCUUCAGUGUUUCGGGGUCAGCCUGCUAUGCCGUGUCCGUCUCCAAAUCUGAGCUGCAUCCUGAAAUAAACACAAGUCCUGCCGUCGAGCCGUACGCAUACACGCCCCCUGUGGGUGUGUUCUCCCAGUGGGGGACCAGUAACGGACAACUGUCAGAGCCGAUCUAAACCUGUGGGUGUGAUGAUCUCAAAGAUAAAGCCUUUAAAAUGUUUUUUUUUUUAAGACUUCAAUAAAUAGAUUUGUAAAAACUGUUUAUUUAAUCUUUUUCUAACUUGUAUUAGGUCAGAAAAUGUGAUUAUCUUUGUUUUUCUUAUUCCUGUAGAGUGUUUCUUACUCUGCAUUCCAGCGUGGCAGAGACCGGCGGCUGUUAAAGGUUUGAGGUUUGGCGUUUGACCUUUCUCCCUCAGACAGCCAAGAGCCGGUUGAUUGGUACCAUGUGAGCCAAUCAAACAUUGUUAGAGCGCAGGAUGCACUCUCGACGGCUGGUGAGAGCAAAACGGAGAACAACAAAACUGCACACUGGAGUAAGAAAUAGCUCUGCUGGAUGUAAAAAUAAUGGAAGGGGCGGAGCUUAAACAUGAAAAUACUACUUUUGUGUCAACAACGACACAAAAGUAGUAUUUUGGAACACACUUUCUUUUUUUGUCCCUUUUCAGCCAUUUUUUGUGCACUGUAGAAAUGGUGAUUGUUGUGAGAGUGCAUCUCUAUGGAAUAAAAAAAUCAUACCACA